AUAUAUAUAUAUAUUCCCUCCUCCUUUAUGCCUAAAUUUGUAGAUCAGAAAGCAAGGAAGCGUCGGAAUAAGUGUACAGUUCGUUCGGUUAAGCCGCCAUGGAUUCUUCAGAGCGGAGCUCGGCGUACGCUUGGCCCUCCUUCUUCGACAGGGAUCGGCAUGUGAUGUUCCUGGAAAUGACAUACCAGCUGUUGCCUUCAGAGUAUCAGGGUCAAGAGAUCAAUCGCCUCACUCUCGCCUACUUCGCCAUCUCUGGCCUCAACAUUCUCGGUGCCUUGGAUCGCGUUGACAAAGAGGCAGUUACCGCUUGGGUUUUGUCCUUUCAAGCUCAUCCCAAAAGCAAGGGUGAAUUGAAUAAUGGAUUCUAUGGGUUCCAUGGUUCCCGAACUUCUCAGUUUCCAUUAGAUGAGAAUGGGGUUUUGAUUCACAAUGGUGGCCACUUGGCAAGCACAUAUUGUGCCUUGGCCAUACUGAAGAUUCUUAGAUAUGACUUCUCACAUAUUGAUUCUGAAUCAAUCUUGAAAUCAAUGAAAAACCUUCAACAGUCCGAUGGGAGUUUUAUGCCCAUCGAUAUUGGGGCAGAAACAGAUCUUCGUUUCAUAUUUUGUGCAGCUGCCAUCUGUUUCAUGUUGGGGAAUUGGAGUGGCAUGGACAAGGAGAAAGCCAAAGAAUACAUCUUGAAUUGCCAUGUCUGUACAUUGUCCUGCUCUUUGGCUGUCCUACAAUGCUACCAUUCUUCUUCAUAUGAUGGUGGCUUUGGGUUGAUUCCUGGCUCAGAAUCUCAUGGUGGCGCAACUUACUGUGCUGUUGCAUCUCUCCAAUUGAUGGGAUUUAUUGAAGAUGAUCUUCUAUCCAAAAGUGUGCCAUCUGCCAUCAUAAACGUGCCAUUGCUGCUGGAUUGGAUAUUGCAGAGGCAAGCAGCUGAUGGUGGGUUUCAAGGCAGGCCCAACAAAUCUAGUGACACAUGUUAUGCAUUUUGGAUUGGAGGGGUUCUAAAAAUCUUAGGGGCUCUCAAAUUCAUUGACGAGGCAGCUUUGCGUAGAUUUUUGCUAACUUGUCAGUCGCAGUAUGGUGGUUUCAGCAAAUUUCCAAAACAACUGCCAGAUAUCUACCACUCCUACUAUGGGUUUUCGGCAUUUAGCCUCUUGGAAGAGCCCGGCUUGAACCCCAUCUGCGUUGAGCUGGGAAUGACAGAUAUUGCUGCCAUGGGAGUCUAGCUCAAUCUUCUAUUUUUCCACUCCAUUGGUUUUGUAGCUGCAACCUGUAUUUCUGUUUCAAUAAUUUGCGGUCUGGGAUCAAGUUUUUGGCUUCUCAUCUUUCAGUGUAUUACAUUGCCAUUAAAGAUUAUUGUAACUUGUAACUUUUUCGGGUAUUCCUGAGUGUAAAAUUUCAAAACUAUAAGCAAUGGUAGUGAAAAGUCAUUUAUCUUUACCA